AUGGGUGAGGUAGAGAAAGACAAGAAGAUUUUUGUUCAGAAGUGUGCCCAGUGCCAUAUCAUGGAAAAAAGAGUCAAACACAAGACUGGCCCAAAUCUCCAUGGCCAAUUUGAGCACAAAACAGAUCAGGCCACAGGAUUCUCUUACACAGAUGCCAGCAAGAACAAAGCCAUCACCUGGGUAGAGGAUACACUGAUGGAGUAUUUGGAGAACCCCAUGAAGUACAUCCCUGGAACAAAAAUGAUCUUCACUGGUAUUAAAAGAAGUCAGAAAGAGCAGCAUUGA